AUGGACUCCAGGCUGCUGAUUGGACCCGGCGUGCCCACGCCGGACCCGGCAACUCUGGCUCCGUGGAACAGGAGCUCCGUCGCCCCUCCGCACCGGCUCGUGGAGCUGGUGCCGGUCGCCACCGUUGCGGCAGCGGCUCCAGGUCACGCAUUCCCGACGGUAGACGUCCCCGACCACGCUCACUACACCAUUGGGGUGGUUAUUCUCGCCGUGGGCAUCACUGGCAUCCUGGGAAAUUUUCUGGUCAUCUAUGCUUUCUGCAGAAGCCGAAGUCUGCGGACACCGUCCAACAUCUUUAUCAUCAACUUGGCCUUCACAGACUUCUUCAUGUGUCUGACGCAGUCACCCAUCUUCUUUAUCACCAGCAUGCAUAAAAGGUGGAUCUUCGGCAAGAGAGGCUGCGAGUUGUACGCUUUCUGCGGCGCCCUAUUCGGCAUCUGCAGCAUGAUCACGCUGAUGGUGAUCGCGGUGGACCGCUACGUGGUGAUCACGCGUCCGUUGGCCUCGCUGGGCGCCAUGUCUCGCCGGAAAGCGCUGAGCAUCGUGGCGGUGGCAUGGCUAUACUCCAUGGGCUGGAGCUUGCCGCCCUUCUUCGGCUGGAGUGCUUACGUCCCUGAGGGUCUGAUGACAUCCUGUUCAUGGGACUACAUGACAUUCACACCCGCCGUGCGCUCCUACACUAUGUUGCUCUUCACUUUUGUCUUCUUCAUCCCGCUGUCCGUCAUCAUCUUCUGCUACUGCUGCAUCUUCAGGGCCAUCCGACACACUACCAGCGCUUUUGAGAAGAUCCACUGCGAGGGCACCAGAGAGUCAGCCAAGAGGUUCCACAAGAUGAAGAGCGAGUGGAAGAUGGCCAAAAUCGCGCUCAUUGUUAUCUUGCUCUUCGUCAUCUCCUGGGCACCUUAUUCCUGUGCUGCGCUCACCGCCUUCGCUGGGUAUGCAGACCUUCUGACACCCUACAUGAACUCCGUCCCAGCAGUUAUCGCCAAAGCGUCAGCAAUCCACAACCCCAUCAUCUACGCCAUCACGCACCCCAAGUACAGGUCAGCCAUCAGCCGCUACGUGCCGUACCUGGGGGUGCUGCUAUGUGUGCGGGUACGCGACCGCUUCAGCAGCAGCAGUUUUCAGUCCACCCGCCGCUCCACGCUCACCAGCCAAUCGGAGAACCACCGCCACGGCAAGCCCCGCCACUCCUCGCAGUCGGACAGCGAAUCAGCCCGCUUCUCCGACAUGGACGAUGACAGCUCCUUUCGAGCGUCCGCUAACCAUCGCGGGUCCGGUGAUGUUAAAUACUCGCGGCGCUCCAGCCAGAGGUUAAAGAGCGUGACUGAACCCGAGGACAUCUCCAUGUCGGAUCUCAGUCUCCUGCCAAAGAGUCACCUUCCUGCUAGUCUAUUUCGAGCAGCGGAGGAACUGGGCCCAAGAAUCGUCUGUAAAAUGACGCCGACUCCCGCCGUCAUCGUCACAUCCAUUUCCAGCCCGUCCAUUCUGCAUAGCCCGCCCGGUUUCCACGGCAACCACAGCAAAAACCUGAGCCCCGUCGCCAAGGCGUCGCUCGACAUCGCCCGACUAGAUGCACCCGCGGCCACCGCGUGA